AUGUCAACUGGAGUGAUGGACUUUGGCAUACGAAAUUUAAAUAACGGCGAAAACGAUGGCCACCACAGUAACCCUACCGUUCGCAACAGUAUACAUGACCCGAAUAAUGUCAGCCACAAUAACAUCACCACCACCACCACCACCACCACCACCAACAACAACAACAACAACAACAACAAGCGAAUUUAUAGCAAGGGCGGUUGCAGAGAAUGCAAGAGACGCAAAAUCAAAUGUGAUGAGGGAAAACCAGCUUGUUGGCAAUGUCUUCGGUUGAAAAAGGAGUGUUCUUAUCCAGCUUUGGGAGAGAAGGUACUAAGAGUUCUGAAAAAGCAGCAAAAGAUGCUGUCAUCAGGUUCAUCCUUACUGCCGAUGGAAAAUCAGAGGAUGUUCGAGAUGAAUAGAGUGCCAUAUAUUGCAACUAAUCCAUUGUCAAUAACUUCAAACACAGUUCCAGUAGAGGGGAGGAAAUUAUUGUAUAAUUACGAUGCAUCGAGACCAACUCAUGGGGCACUCGAAUCCCAUCAAAGAGGCUACGGCGAACCUUCGGGGAACGCACACUCUACUGUGCCAUAUCAGCCACAGCUGCAACUACACCCACCACAACCACAUUCUCAAAUCGGACCACCUCGCGAACAUUACCCUCAAGAACAGUAUCCACACCCUCAGGGUACUUAUCCACUGCAAUCUCAACUUCCACCCUUGCAGAGACCGCUCAAUCAGCCACAUUUACCUCGUUUGUACCAAAGUCGUAUUUUGCCUAUUCAAGAGAAUGGUUCCAACCCGACCCCAUUCAAGUACUACUUCCGUCAGGAUCCACUUUCGAGUGUGUUACCUCCUCCACAAGUGUCUCAACGACCAGGUCCUACAAUGAGUGGAGGUCCUAUUUUCCCUAACCAGAUUCGUUAUGACUUACCCUCUCGUCUAGUUGAUAGAACUACUGGUGGCGGUGGUGCCGGGGUGUCGAGCUUAUUGAAUAACUCACCUGGUUCAGAUACACAAACAACUCAACAGCAACAAUCACAACAACAAGGAUUGGACAAAAAUGACAUUGACAAGGAAGAAAACUCAAUUACACCACAACCAACACUCGCCCCACAGCCUUCCACAUCAGAGGUGCACAGCAAUGAUGAAGGUGCAUCCUUCUCUACACCACCUACUCUUCUUGGUGACGACGUGGUAGAGCUAUUUGAACUAAGCGAUUUGAACUUGUUAGCUUCGGAUCUUCAAAAUAUGGUGAAUGGAAUACUUUACAAUAUUGCUCCAGAAUCCAAAGAAAAGGCCAAGGAAAAAGAAACUACCGAGGUGAAAAACACAAUGCCCUUUGUUGAAAAGUUGGAAAGGAAUGUUCCUGUAGAUUUCAUCAAGUUGGAAAAUGCGCAGAAUAAGAGCUAUUUGGAUGAAUUCUACUACAACUUUUCAAAUAUUGUGUUGCCAUUUGCAUCAUUUGACAAGGAGAAAAACGUUUACUUCAAUCCGGCAAGGGAUAUAUUGUUGAGCACAGCAGCAAAUACUGAUUAUGUCUUGGCUGCUGUGUUGGCUAAUGGGGCCCAUACCAGGUUUACAAAGACACGAAACAUAGAGGAUGAAGAGUUUUACUACUUGUACUUGAACGACUGUCUCAAGUUGUUACAUCCGGCAAUAUCUGACAAUACAAAAUUGUCAUCAAAGAUUGAAAGUGUGUUGCUAACGGUUCUUUUGCUAACUGCUGCAAAUGCAGCUGAUCCGAAACAGGAUUGGCGUCCACAUUUGCGAGGAGCAAAAGAUUUGUUGAUGAAGUGUUCAAGCAAGAUAGCCAAACCUUCAAAGGUGUUUGUGUUUUGUAAAGCGUGGUUUGUGACGUUGGAAGUGUUGGCCGGUAUCAGCUCCAAAAAGGGAGGUACAUUGCAAACUGAAGAGGAAACAGAUGAGUUGUUCAAUUUGAGCAGCGAGUACGAGAUCAAGACAUUGAAAGAUCUUGGACUAAUUUUAGACAAUGGAUUCAACAUUAUGGGUGGGUAUCAUCACGAUUGCUACGGUGCGUUCCGUGAAUUGAUCAAGAUCUUGAACAGAAAGAGAAGUGGUACGUUGAAUGCUAAGGACUCUCUACAGUAUGUGGAGCUUUUUGCCAAGCUUGAAUCGUUGCGAGAAAUUGACUUUGUCAAAGAUCCCACUGCUCCAGGGAGUGUGCUAGUUGAAGACGUUCGAGGUGUUGUUAUUUCAUGGUCUGAUGUGAGUCACAAACUGUACAUGGCAGCGUCAAUGAUCACCCUUCUUCAAACAUGUUUUGACGAGUCAUAUACCUCACCCCAAGUACAGGUUUUGACAAACCACAUUAUUGACUUGGUUUCUUUUGUUAAUGACUAUAGUCCGUUUGCGCCAUCGUCGAGGUACAAGGCUGACAAUGGACUCAUGAUGCUCCAAUGGCCAGUAUUGGUUGCCGGCCAAAACUUGGAACCAAAUGACAGCAGAGAGAUGGAUAUAGUACGUGUGUUUUUCGAACAUCUGUCGAGGGUUGGGUCUGGAGGAGCGUUGAUUGCCUUGAGGCGUGUGAAGAAAGUAUGGAGAAAAAGAACAGAUCCUUCAUUUGUUGAUGAUGGAAAUGAGUCUGAAGAUUUACUUUCGUACUAA